AGAGAAAACAGUGGCCUGUUGCACAAUGGAAAUUCUACAUGGCAUUUUCCUUAUUUCGUGGAGCAUCAGUAUAUGCGGGUGUUCAUAACAGAUGGCUCAUGUGAUAUGGAAAUUGGAUAUCUUGAUCGGAAAUGUCAGAGACAAAAAAGAAUGUAAGGUUGCUGAGAUCUCUUCCAACUGAGUGGUACACCAAAGCCACAGCCAUGGAAGAAGGAAGAAACCUGGAAAACUACACUGUCCAGGGUCUUCUUGAUGAGCUCAGAACCUAUGAGCACGAGCUGAAGAAGAAGAAGGAAGAACAAGUCACUCCCUUCCCCACGGCACUGAUGACAACUCCAAGAGUCCCAUCAAGUGAAGGGACAUGUCCAAGAAGCUGUAACACACCUUCCUCCAGCCAGCCGUCAAGCUCAAAAAUGGAGAACUACGAUGAGGAAUUUGUCAUGAUGGUCAAGCAAUUCCGGAAGUUCAUAAAGUUCUUCAAGAAGGCUGACUCAGUCAGAAGGCCAACCAAGGGAAAGCCACAAGUAAGUGACUCCCCUCCUGAACCUUAUUUGUGUUAUAAUUGCAGAAAGCCUGGCCAUUGGAAGUCAGCAUGCCCGUACCCAAAGGUGGAAAAGUACGGAGAAAGAGAAAGGAACGAGAAGAAAAAGAAGGCAAUGGUAGCUGCUGAAAGUGAUGAGUCAUCCAGCUCAAGCUCGGAUGAAGAAGCCCUCGUCUGCAUGGAGCGCAGAGCUGAAAAGUCCAACCAUGAGGAUAGGUGGACUAUGUCAGAAGAUGACACUCUCUGCCUAAUGGCUAAAGAUGAUGCUGAUCAAGAGGUAACUUCACAAACCUCCUGCUCAUCUUCUUAUGAAAGCAUACCAACUUCUGAAAAUCUUUUUGACCAGUUCAAAAAGAUGAUGGUAUAUUUUGAGGAAAUAAAUCUCAAACAUUCUUCCUUAACAGAGGAGAACAAACUAUUGAGUGAAGAGAAUCUCAAGUUGACUAAAGGUCGGAAAAGUCAACUGGAUGAGAUUACUCAACUCAAGACUGAAAAUGAAUCUCUCUCUGAAAAGGUAAAAUCCCUUAACAAAGAACUAGGGAUACUUAAGUCCAAAGAAGCAGUGGAUAAGCUUCUUGAAACGACCAACCAUAAGGGUCGUGAAGGACUUGGGUUUGACCCCUCCAGUUCCAAAAGGAAAGGGAGAACAACUUUCAUCCCUCCUAAACCUACUGCCAAACCAAAUAAGCAGAAAGGAAAGGAAAAGGAGAAACCAACAGAAGUUCCCAAAAAGGUAGUCCCUCCUAAGAACCAUAGGAAGCUGGACAGACCUCAAAGAGGAAAUAAUUUCAGAAGAAAACCUUCUAACCCCCAUUAUACACGAGGCUAUACUCAUUAUGGGGUAGAUAGGAGUUUUCCAAGAAAUUCUGAGUGGAGAACUAUGCCAAGAUAUAGUCAUCCUCCACCCCAGAAAUUAUUUGUGCCACCUAAGUAUGCUUAUAACCGACACAGGCCACACUAUGCACAACCUAGACAAAAUCAUAGGUCUUAUCAACCUAGGUUUGCUAGGAGGAAACAGGAAAUUGCACCUCCUGCACGUAGGAAGUUUUAUGCCUACAACUAUGAUUACAAUCCCAACAAGUUUAGAGCUGCAAGGAAAAUUCCCUGCGACUUCAAACUUGAUGUAGGGACACAUACCAUUAACUACUCUGGACCCAAACUUAAUUGGGACAUGGCAUCUCUCAAGAACAUCUCCACAAAUGAAGUCAUUCUCACUGGGAAAAGAAUCAGAAACAUCUAUGAAGUGAUGUGGGACGAUGUCAAGGAAGCAUGUCUAAUCAGCAAAGGUGACACUAACCUUCUAUGGCUUUGGCAUAAGAGGUUGAGUCAUCUCAACUUCAAAACUAUCAACAAGCUGUCCAAAGAAGGGUUAGUAGAAGAGAAAAUGAAGGUUGUCGGAGCAAAUGUUCAUUUCCAGAAGUUAGAGGCCAAGUGCUCUUCAUCGACAUUCUUUCAAAGCUAUAUGGAGAUGAUAGCCGCUCAAGAACUCUCCGAAUUUCUUCAAAUGGAAAUUCGCCUCAAAUUCGAGGAAGAAGUUCUUGAAUUCUACAGGAAUGGAGAAGUCAAAACUGCUAAAUCAAAGAAGGACCCACAGAGGACGUUUCCAGUCAUCAAAUCAAUUGUGGGAGGAAUCAAAGUGAAGCUUUCGCAGAAGAAAUUGGGAGAAAAGCUUCACCUCCCCAAUUCUGGAGUUGAAGUUGGAAAACUUCCAGUCAAAAAUCUGGACUGGAAGGUCAUUGGAAUUUCUGGGCAAGUUCCUUCUGGCCCAGCGAAGAAAGCAGAUCUAAACAACGAUUACAAGUUGAUUUUAGAACUAGUCAUCGCCUGCCUCGAAUGUGGAAGUGGAGGUCACGCCGAUGACAUCACCCAGGAGAGAGCCUUCAUCAUCAACGCUCUCAUUACCAAAACUAAGGUAAACUGGGCUGCACACUUCUUCAAAUCAAUUUCAAGACAUCUGGGAAAGCACAACCAGAAUUAUCUUUGCCAAGGUCUGUAUGUUGGACACAUUUUGGAGUCUAUGGGUGCUGCUUCUAAAGGGAAGAAGUAUGAAACCAGAUAUUGGCUGUACUACCUAUCUUCCAAAGGAGAAAACAGAGCUGGCAUUAGUGCCACUGCAGAAGAAAGCUCAUCAGAUAACGUCCUGCUCAUCCAUAUGGCAAAGACUGCCAAAAGAAAGCAAGUGGUGUCUCCCUCCAUUAGUAUUGAAGCACCACAGAACCUUGCCUUGGCAUGUUUGGAAGAAGAACAAGAAGUCUCUGACCAUGGAGAACUUCAAAGGAAGAAGAAGAGGAAAAUCAACUCUCCAUCAACAUCUGGAAAUGUCAAUCCGGAUGAGUUGAAGGAGAAGGAAACUGCUGAGGAAACGUCUGUUCAAAACCGGAGCCCUCAACAGUUUGAAGAAGAAACUCCUCAAGUCCCAAGCCUUCCAACCCCCCCAUCUCAGCCUCAUACAGAUGAUGCUGACAACAAAUUCUGGCAGCUCUACUAUAAUUGGAGAGCUUGGAAAGUUGGAAAUUCAGAAGAGCAACUGUUGGAUUGGGACCAACAGCUGAAGAAUGAGAAGAUUAUCAAGAAGUGCUUAUGUAUUCCAGUCAACCAGAACUGUGAAGAUAUUUUGAAUGAUUACUGGGUAUGGCAAAAGAACCCAGAAGACCUGCAUAUGGAAUACCUGGCCAACACACCAGCUUCAGACUGUGAAGCAGAUGAUGAAGACACUGCAGUCUUCAAGCCAGUCUUCUCAAAAGCCACAGAAGAUCAAAUGGCUCUCACCUCUGAAGAAAUAGCUGGUUUGGAAGCAACAGCUGAGGAUUUCCCUAUCUUUCCGGAAACCUCACCUGCGUUUGAAGUGAUCUCCAAUCCUACUGAAACUGAGAUUCCGGAGAAGUCAGCAACAAUUCCAGAACAGUCAGAGCAAGCUGUUGAAGUGCAAAGGAACUCUGGAGAAGCUGAAAGGGAAACUCAAUUGGCAGAAGUGGAGGUUUGUCAAACUCCAGUAGCCAUUUUUGAAGAACAGAAUGCUGAUGAAGAAAGAGACUCCCUCUCUAGGGAUAUAUCAAAUUUUGAACUUGAUGAAGCUGAAGGUGAAUCUGAAAGAACCUUGAAGGUCACUGAUGAAGAAGAUGUACGAGAAGAUGCUGAAUCUCUUCCUUUGCAACUCUUCCAAAGGACAUCAUCUCCUCAUCAGAUCUAUCAAACGAAACGCCAACCGCUCCGCCAAGCAGAAUCUGCUGAAGCUGAAAACGGUCAACGGCGGAAGAUAUCACAAAAUCUCAAGACAAGACUUGGUUUAGGAAUUAUUGUAAUUUGAAUUGUAUUUGCUUAAGAGUUUUUGUUAACAAGCUGUAUAUUAUGAGAAACUAAAAGAAAGUUAUAAAAAUAGUUCUCAGUACAGCGACCGGAACUCUUAAACACUUGUUUGUCAUCAUCAAAAAGGGGGAAAUUGUUGGGAAAAAUAUAGAUUUUGAUGAUGAUGUAUUUAGAAUGUAUUAGGGACUUUAGGUCUCCCCCAAUAUUCAAUGUAAUUUUUCUUUUUAGAAAUAUUGUCAAAACCGAGCUCUUGAGAUUUCCAAUAAAACUGUGAUAUUUCUUUAAGCGUUUUGGUGCCUGAAGACUUAAUGAAAUUCAGUGAUAUGG